AUGAAGAAUUUAUCUGUCUUGGGAAAAUAUUCGUCAUUUUUAAAUCUUUAUCAUACAUUAUUUUCUGUUUAUCUCAUCUUUUUUCAUUUCCAUAUUGUUCAUAUUGUCCAUAUUGUUUCUUCUUUUUUGUUUUCUUCUUUUAUUUCUGAUUCUUGGAUUCUUUUUUUAACCUUUUUUCUUUCUUUCAUUUCUCUGCACACUUUUCUCUUUCUCUAUUUUCUUAUUUUUUUCUCUCUUCUUUUUCACUUUUUCUACCUCUUUUUUAUUUCUGUUCUUUUCCAUCUUUUCUCUCUCAUUACCUAUUAUUUUCUUAAUUUUUUCCUUUUAUCGCUUUUCUCCUUCAUUUCUUUCAUUUGGCCCAAACUCUAUUUUUUAUUUCUUAAUCUUUUUUUCCUGGCCUCAAAACUCUCUAUUAUAUAUCUUUUAUCUCUCUUUUCUUCCUGGCCUCAAACUCUCUAUUAUAUAUCUUUAUCUCUCUUUUUCCUGGCCUCAAACUCUAUUAUAUCUUUAUCUUUUCUUCCUGGCCUCAAAUAUAUAUCUUUCAUUCUUUUCUCUGGCCUUCUCUCUUUUCUCUCUUUUCUCCCUGGCCUCAAACUCUCUAUUAUAUAUCUUUUAUCUCUUUUUCUCCCUGGCCUCAAACUCUCUAUUAUAUAUCUUUUAUCUCUUUUCUCCCCUCCUCCAAACUCUCUAUUAUAUAUCUUUUAUCUCUUUCUAUUAUAUAUCUUUUAUCUCUUUUUCCCUCCUCAAAACUCUCAUUAUAAAUCUCUCUUUUUCUCAGCCUCAAAUUAUUUUCUUUUUUCUCCUUUUCCUCAAAGUUUAUUAUAUAGUGUUCUCUCCUAUCUCUCUUUUCCCCUCCUCAAACUCUCUAUUAUAUAUCUUUUAUCUCUCUUUUCUUGGCCUCAAACUCUCUAUUAUAUAUCUUUUAUCUCUCCCUGGCCUCAAACUCUCUAUUAUAUAUCUUUUUCUCUUUUCUUUCUCCCUGGCCUCAAACUCUCUAUUAUAUAUCUUUUAUCUCUCUUUUCUCCCUCUCCUCAAACUCUCUAUUAUAUAUCUUUUAUCUCUCUUUUCUCCCUGGCCUCAAACUCUCUAUUAUAUAUCUUUUAUCUCUCUUUUUUCUCAAACUCUCUAUUAUAUAUCUUUUAUCUCUCUUUUCUCCCUGGCCUCAAACUCUCUAUUAUAUAUCUUUUAUCUCUUUUCUUCCUGGCCUCAAACUCUCUAUUAUAUAUCUUUUAUCUCUCUUUUCUCCCUGGCCUCAAACUCUCUAUUAUAUAUCUUUUAUCUCUCUUUUCUUUACUCUCUUUUUCUUUUCCCUGGCUCCUCAAACUCUCUAUUAUAUAUCUCUCUUUUCUUUGGCCUCAAACUCUCUAUUUUCUCCCAAACUCUCAAUCUUUUAUCUCUCUUUUCUCCCUCUCCUCAAACUCUCUAUUAUAUAUCUUUUAUCUCUCUUUUCUCCCUGGCCUCAAACUCUCUAUUAUAUAUCUUUUAUCUCUCUUUUCUCCCUGGCCUCAAACUCUCUAUUAUAUAUCUUUUAUCUCUCUUUUCUUCCUGGCCUCAAACUCUCUAUUAUAUAUCUUUUAUCUCUCUUUUCUCCUCCUCAAACUCUUAUAUAUCUUUUAUCUCUCUAUUUUAUCUUUUUUCUUUUCCUCUCCCUCAAACUCUCUAUUAUAUCUUUUAUCUCUUUUUUCUUUCCUGGCCUAUAUUAUAUAUCUUUUUCUCUCUUUUCUCCCUGGCCUCAAACUCUCUAUUAUAUAUUUUAUCUCUCUUUUCUCCAAACUCUCUAUUAUAUAUCUUUUAUCUCUCUUUUCUCCCUGUCCUCCAAACUCUCUAUUAUAUCUUUUUUAUCUCUCUUUCCCUCCUCAAACUCUCUAUUAUAUAUCUUUUAUCUCUCUUUUCUUCCUGGCCUCCAAACUCCUAUUAUAUAUCUUUUUCUCUGGCCUCAAACUCCUCUAUAUAUUUAUCUCUCUUUUUUUUAUAUUUUUUCUCUUUUCUCCCUCUCCUCAAACUCUAAUACUGGCCUCAAACUCUCUAUUAUAUAUCUUUUAUCUCUCUUUUCUCCCUCUCCUCAAACUCUCUAUUAUAUAUCUUUUUUCUCUCUUUUUCUCCCUGGCCUCAAACUCUCUAUAUAUAUAUCUUUAUACUCUCUCUUUUCUAUCAAACUCUAUUUAUAUCUUUUAUCUCUUUUCUCCCUGGCCUCAAACUCUCUAUUAUAUAUCUUUUAUCUCUUUUUUUUUCAAACUCUCUAUUAUAUAUCUUUUAUCUCUCUUUUCUUUUUCUAUUAUAUAUUCCUGGCCUCAAACUCUCUAUUAUAUAUCUUUUAUCUCUUUUUCUCCCCUGGCCUCAACUCUCUAUUUAUCUCUCUUUUCUCCCCUGGCCUCAAACUCUCUAUUAUAUAUCUUUUAUCUCUCUUUUCUCCCUGGCCUCAAACUCUCUAUAUAUCUUUUAUCUCUUUUUUCUCCCCUUCCUCAAACUCUCUAUAUAUCUUUAACUCUCUCCUAUUAUAUAUCUUUUAUCUCUCUUUUCCCUGGCCUCAAACUCUAUUAUAUAUCUUUUAUCUCUUUUUCUCCUCUCCUCAAACUCUCUAUUAUAUAUCUUUUAUCUCUUUUUCUCCCUCUCCUCAAACUCUUUAUAUCUUUUUCUCUCUUUUUCCCUGGCCUCAAACUCUCUAUUAUCUUUUAUCUCUCUUUUCUUGGCUUCAAACUCUCUAAUAUAUAUCUUUUAUCUCUCUUUCUCCUGCCCAAACUAUCUUUAUAUCUUCUCUCUUUUCUCCCUCUCCUCAAACUCUCUAUUAUAUAUCUUUUAUCUCUCUUUUCUCCCUGGCCUCAAACUCUCUAUUAUAUAUCUUUUAUCUCUCUUUUCUCCCUGGCCUCAAACUCUCUAUUAUAUAUCUUUUAUCUCUCUUUUCUCCCUGGCCUCAAACUCUCUAUUAUAUAUCUUUUAUCUCUCUUUUCUCCCUCUCCUCAAACUCUCUAUUAUAUAAUUUUUCCUCCUCUCUUUUUUCUUUUUCCUCAUAUUUUUAUGGCCUCUUUUCUUCCUGGCCUCAAACUCUCUAUUAUAUAUCUUUUAUCUCUUUUCCUGGCCUCAAACUCUCUAUUAUAUAUCUUUUAUCUCUUUUUUCUCCCUCCUCAAACUCUCUAUUAUAUAUCUUUUUAUCUCUCUUUUUUCUCCCUGUCCUCAAACUCUUUAUAUAUCUUUUAUCUCUUUUUCCCUCUCCUCAAACUCUCUAUUAUAUAUCUUUUAUCUCUUUUCUCCCUGGCCUCAAACUCUCUUUAUAUCUUUUAUCUCUUUUCUUUUUUCUUUUAUCUCUCUUUUUCCCCUGGCCUCAAACUCUCUAUUAUAUAUCUUUUAUCUCUUUUCUCCCUCCAAACUCUUUAUCUUUUAUCUCUCUUUUCUCCCACUCCUCAAACACUUUUUAUCUCUCUUUUCUCCUUCUCAAACUCUAUAUAA